UAUACAUCAAGAUCUCUGUCGGACCGGUGUCCUGGCUGGUAAACAUUGUGUGUGUGUUCGAGAGACAUUCUCUCUGGUCAAAGACUAAAAUCACCCGCUCAACUCUUCAAAUUGUGAUUUCCAAACGAAAAAUCAGUGUGAUCUGGGAGAUGAUGAGCCACAGUGACAGUGUCAUCGUGGGUGUCGUGAGAUUCUCCUGAGUUCUUGGACAGAUAUGUUGUGUGGUAUUUGUUGUUGAAUAGUACAAGUUGAUUUUGCUGAUAGUCAAGCUGUUGUAACUUGUGUAAAAAUGUCGGGGGUUUCGAAGCCCGUGAUUGAGAAGUCUCCCACAGUAAUUGUUGUGGAGAAAGAAGUGGAUGACAAGGGAAGCGGUGUGGUUUCCGGAGACCAUGUUGCUCGUGAUGUGUUAGUGGAGAGUAGGAAGGGACUGUCAGAACCGCUAGUGGUGGACGUGGACAAGAAAGACACACCCGGUCUCCCUCCCAUCGACAUCAACGAGCUAGCUAAUGUGCUGCGCAACCCGGAUAUGCCCUCGCACAAGAUCAUGAAAGAAGUCGCUGAUAAGAUUGUUUCAAACUGUGAGAAGUCAGCAGAUGCUAAGACGCCUGCAGACGUGCCGGGUAUGAAGAAUUUGUUUGACUGCAUCAUGGAGGUGUCUCUCCUACAGCAGGACUCUGAUAAUUCCGAUGAUGACGAACCCGAAGAAGAUCACGAGCCAAUCAUACGCCACAUCCCGUGCCGUUUUUGCAGCAAGGUGUUUGGCAGCACUAUGACCAUGAAGACUCACGUGCUGGUAGCUCACCCACGGGAAGACCCGGUGGUUCUUAACGUCCAGCAGCUCACCAAGAAUGAGUUGGAGGCCACAGGCGACAAGUCUGGUCCGUCCAGCCGUAAGCGAUCAAAGAGCUCAGGUAGGUCUGACCUUGACGGGAGAGAAAAGAAAAGUCGGCAUCCGUCGAAGACAGACGAGGCCAAGGCAGCGUCGGUAGGGGCAGAGAACAUCCCGGUGGGGACGCGGAGAGCGUCUUUGUCAAGAUCUCAGUCCAAGGUCAGUCCCAAUGCGGUCAGCCGCCAGUCUACGGAACAGCAAGAUGUGGCCAAGCCACGGUCAGAGAUUCCCGAGACACCGGCUGUGCUCAGCGAUCCCGACACCGCAACUGAAGCCACCACGGCAGCAGCAGCGCCAUCUGUCAGAUCUUCUUCUAGAACUAGCGAGGCUUCACAGUCUGCUGGGUCUGGUCAGAAGAGGGCGUCAAAGAGAGAAAUAGAGGAGGAUAGGAAUCUCAACACUGACUCUUCUGGUGGGAGUGAAGAGACAGUCAGAGAACCCAGCGCCUCCAAAAGGCAGAGGCUAAGUCAGGGGUCGACCGCGGCAGCAUCUACCGAGGCUCCAACAGGAAGUGCCAUAAGCUCACGCUCUCGGAGGUCCUUGAAUGCUGAGAAACGAGCAGAGUCGGGAGACAAGUCAACAAGUGAGACGCCAUCACCCGCACCUCAAGGGAGGCCGCGGAGAUCUUCCCGGCGACUGUGAGGACUACUUAACGUUGUCAUGACUAGACGCAGCACAGGUGACGUGUUGGGGACUGUGGUGAUACACCAGCCAGCUCAGAAUUUAACGUUUACAUAUGUACACGCAACACAAGAGAGGUGUUGAAUACUGUUGUUAAUGCAUCAACUCAUCAGAGCUUGAGAUUUUGAGUCAUGUGAGUGUGAGUAGUCUACGAGUCUGCCUCACAGACCCACACCUACACCUGGGGUUUAGACGUUGUCUUUGCAAGAUGAUGGAAGUUGUUACUACAAUUACGGGCAAGUUUCAGUCAAGGUGAUGUUCAGACUUGUGAGUGAGUGCAUGUGCAUGUUGAGGCGAUUGCGGCUCCAGAACUCUCCAAGACGAGGUGCCAUGUGGAGGCAGCAGACACACAAGACAGUGGUGAAUCUGUCGUCCUAUUGCAAGCCUUGAUCACAUCCGUAGGAUGGUCCGGACGCAGGCCUUGCUGGCAGCUGUGGGGUAUAUAGAGCUCUAAGAGGGGUUCUUUGUUGGAUGUUUACAACCAGAUACUGCAAAGCAGGUUUCUUCUCAUAAGCAUUUAGUUCUUCUUUUUUGGGAGUAGGUUCACCCAUGUGUAUAUUGCAUUUUUGGAAAUGCUGUUUUCAUAGGUUAUGUUUAAUGAUUGCAGAAAUUUGAUGCUUGGGGAGUGCAACCCUCCACAUUUGUGAGAGAUUAGAUGUUUGUGAAAAGAAACCUGGUUUACAGUAAGGAUCUCAUCUACUUGUUUCUCAGACCAACAUUUUUUGUCCUUUUCUCAUAAUGAAUUUGGUGCACAGCUUGUGAUACUUUCAUGUGCCCCUGUCCGUUACGGCGAGAGUUUGUGCAGUCCGUGGUAGAUGUGUGCCUGUGGGUGGAUGUACAUGUGGCUGUGUUCUGUCACAGACCGGUGGAUGUAUGUGUGGCUGUGUUCUGUGUGCCUGUGGGUGGAUGUAAAUGUACGUGUGGCUGUGUUCUGUGUGCCUGUGGGUGGAUGUAAAUGUACGUGUGGCUGUGUUCUAUGUACCUGUGGGUGGAUGUAAAUGUACGUGUGGCUGUGUUCUGUGUGCCUGUGUUCUGUGUGCCUGUUGGUGGAUGUACGUGUGGCUGUGUUCUGUCACACACCGAUGGACACGGGUGGUGAGACUGGGAGGGAAGCGUGUAGAAUUUUCAACUUGCAUUUAUGGAGAAAAAAAACCUUAUAGUUCAGAACGCUUCCCUUUUGUUUUAAAUUUAAAAUUGUAUUGAUAGUGUUAUGCUGUGUAACUGGUUUCUGGAACAGUUUUUUAGUAGACUGUUAAAAAAAGAGAAUGGCCAAAAAAUUGUUAUAGAAAACACCUCGAAUAGGUUAGGCCUCGGUACUUUUCUAAUUAUUCAUAGUGCAUGCUGACACAAUAGUUUUUAUUGAGAACCCACUGACUGACCUUAGCAAUGGUUUUAGAUCAAGAAAAAAGAGUUGUCCUCAGUUAUACAACUAGAACAUAAUACCAUUGAUGUGUAUGGUAAUUUCAAGCUUCAAAGGAUGAAUUUAGUAAAUGUAAGGCAACAUAUUCGAAGAAAUGUGAUAUCAUGUGUUUUGACAUUAACUGCCUGUCUGGAGUUGUGUCACAGAGCUUGUAGGCAGCCAACAUUUUCUCUAGGGUAAGAAAAGUUUUUUUUUUAAAGAAAGAAGCUGUGAUUUGUGUUUUUCGUACUGGAUUUAAAUCGAAAAAAAAAAGAAAUAUAUAAUAAUAAAUGACUGUUGAUAUUCUUUGAUACUUUUUGAUAAAUGAUCCCUCUGGUUUUUUUUAAAAGAAGAUUCUAUUUAAUGUAGGUAGGCCUAGUUCAAGUGUUUGGUAUACAUCUUGUUCAAGUGAUUUAUUUUUGUGAGGAGAGGUUUUAAUGUGUGUGAAGAAAGAUGGGGCCAUGGGUGUCCGUACAAGCAGCCUCAAGACUUUGAUCUCUAUACCUGUUACUACAUACACUCCGUGGAGGGUUCGGGGUGGCGGGAUUUGGUGAGGAAAACUGAGAGAGAGUGACAAGGGAGGAGAGGGUAAUUGGAUAAGGAA